UUAUAAAUACACGGUACCCACGGCGAAAGAAAACGGCGCCGCGUUGGACCCGGGUUCUCGUGGCUCGUCGGCCUGCGAGGCGACGCGGUCGUUCGUUCCUGUACCAAAAAUAAUCGGUACAUCUCCGGCCGGCUCUAAAACGUGACGCCAGUCGACGAGGCUUUAGGUGAAACGUGGCCGGUGCCGGCAAUCGCCGUCGUCCGCGCGUGUGGCCCACGAUGAGGCGAUGAUGCUGGAAAGACACCGCGUCAGUGCUGCGAAAACGAAAAAUCGGGAAUAUCGAGACCGAGGACAAUGAGACUGCACGCUUGUUGGUGGCCGAUCUUCCUCGCCCUGUGCUUCCAGCACGCCGGCUGCAUUGGCAGGGACGCGCGAAUCGUGGUGCGGUGGGCAGAGACCUUGGGCGCCGAAUUAUGGGAACUGGCGGAGAAGGUGGCGCGACCAGAAGAAUUAUUAAACAAAUACAAGACGAUGAAUACGCGGGUGGAGGAUAAGUCCGGGGAGGAAUUAGUGAGCAUAAUCAGCGAGAACGUCGGCAGGAUGCUGAGACGGAAGAUGGAUGCGGUGACCUGCAUCCGUAUGAAGGCCGAGGAGAGCGCAGAGAGCUGGGAUAGCGACGAGGAGGACGGGAAUUUCACCUACGUGUCCGGGAAAUACAGCCCUAUCGUCAACCAGUCCGCGCCACAGCUUCCGGAGAACAUGGAGGACAACGUCGACGUGUACAGAACGAUAGAGCUGACGCCGGACUCGCAUUUCUACAAUAUCCCGGUGAACACGAGCUUCUCGUCGGUGCACAUACCGACGAACGUCUACGAUCUGUCGCCCGCCGUUCUCGAGGACAUCAAGAAGACCGAGAGCCUCGACUACACCUUUCGCCAGAACUACGAGUCCGACCCGGCGCUUUCAUGGCAAUAUUUCGGUUCCGUCACCGGCAUGCUCAGACAGUAUCCCGCCAUGCAAUGGAAGACGGAUCCCACGGCGGAGAGCGCGGAUCAGGGCCAAGGAGACGGUGACGAAGAGGACGAGGACGGCGGCGGCGAUGGGGGCGACGAGGAGGCAGACAUUUAUGAUUGCAGAGUACGCAGCUGGUUCAUCGAGGCUGCGACCUGCAGCAAGGAUAUGGUGAUCCUGAUGGACACCAGCGGCAGCAUGUUGGGCAUGGGAAAGACUAUUGCCAGGACAACGAUAAACGCAAUCCUGGACACCCUCUCCAACAACGACUUCGUCACCGUGCUUAGCUACUCGAACGGUACCACGGACGUGGUGGACUGUUUCAGGGACAUGCUGAUCCAGGCCACGCCGGAGAACGUGGAGACGUUCAAAAAAGCGAUCGCGACAGUGAAAACGGAGGGCCAGGCGAAUUUGACCGAGGCCUUCUCCAGGGCCUUCAACCUACUCAGCAAUUACAGGGAGACGCGUAGGUGCGGCGCAGACACGCCGUGCAAUCAGCUGAUCAUGCUGGUCACUGAUGGCGUUCCUGGAAAUGUGACUGAGGUGUUCAAGACGUGGAACUGGCAGGACAACAACACCCACAUACCCGUAAGGGUGUUCACAUAUUUGCUUGGCAAGGAGGUGACGAAGGUCCGCGAGAUCCAGUGGAUGGCGUGUCUCAAUCGCGGCUAUUACACGCACGUGCACACGCAAGAGGAGGUCCGCGAGCAAGUGUUGAAAUACAUACCUGUGGUGGCGAGACCAAUGGUCCUUCAAGAUGUGGUGCACCCUGUCGUCUGGACCCACGCAUACGCUGACAUCACGAAUCCUGCACUCGCCACUUGGCUGUGGCUGGUGAUGCAGCACGAGGAGCAACAGUCCCGGCUUCAGAAACAUCUGAAAGGGAAACGCCUGGGCGUGCGAAUAAAUGAGGACGAAAUCUACAUACAGCAGAUCCACAAAGACGAGGACGUUCGCCAGGAUCCUUCGACGCUGAACACGACCGCGUGGCAGGAGUAUCGGCUGCUGACCUCGGUCAGCACCCCUGUGUUCGACCGCAAGGGCAACACCAGGCACAACCAGACGAGGGUGGCAAAUCUGCUGGGCGUGGCGGGCACAGACGUGCCAAUCGACGACAUCCGGAAGCUCACGUUGCCGUACAAGCUCGGCGUGAACGGCUACGCGUUCAUCGUGUCGAACAACGGCUACGUGAUACUGCACCCGGACCUGCGCCCCGUCUACAAGGGCAAGCUGAAACUCAAUUACAACAGCAUCGAUCUGACGGAGGUGGAGAUCCUGGACGACGGUCGCGAGCCGAGGAACCCCGGCCCGGAGGUGCUGGAUCUGCGCGCCGCCCUGGUGGAUCACAAAAGGGGCAGCAUGAAAGGUGUGCCGGUGAAAUUGCAUUACGAUGACAAUCGCCGCGUGACCCUCGAACAACGUGACUACUUCUACGCCCCGCUGCCCGGAACACCGUUCGGCCUCGCGGUCGCCAUACCGAACUACGGGACGACUUGGAUCAAGGUCGGCGACGAGAUCCGCAGGAACCAGAACCUGAACAUCAACAUCGCCGAGUUCUUCGCGGGUAGCAACUGGCGAGUUCAUCCGGGCUGGGUCUACUGUCGCUACCACUAUUUAGAGGGUCACGAGUUCGACAAACCGGAAGAGGAGCUCAUACACUUCCUGGACCUGCUGAACAAGCCAGGAUGGCGAUGGUCGGAACAAUACGAAGCCUACACGAUCAGCGAGGACGACAUGAACGAGGAUCCGGACUGCGGCAGGAAAACGCUGUCGCAAGACGAUUACUACUGCAACAAGGAAUUGAUGCAGUUGCUAGUGUUCGACGCGAAGGCGACUAAUUUCAGCUUCGACGACGAGUUCGUGUUCGAGGGCCCACGAGCGCGUCACCUAGCCAGCAUCUACGGUAUAUUCUUGAGAUUCGUCGCCACGCAAAGCGGCCUGACCAGGUGGCACUACAUGGACACGAACAAGGUGCCUAUAGAGGAUGAUGACAUCGUGUUUGGUGAUCUUCACAGGAGGGCUGUCAACGAGCCUUGGUACAAGGGCGCCAUUUUCCAGAAUAUACUGGACCCUAAUAGCAUAUCCGUGACAGUUCCAUGGGAAGCGGGCGCGGACGCCAUAGUGACGGUCUCCAUAGGAAUAUUCCCGAAGGACGGCGGGAAAACUGCGCCGGCGGCGGUUGUCGGCUUUCAACUGCCCAUGACGAACCUUUACGAAAGAUUCAUCGAUCUGACUUCGGAGCCGGCGAACUCGUCCGUGAACUGCUCCCACAACUGGAUCGAUUGCUACUUGCUCGAUCAGAACGGUUACGUAGUCAUAUCGGAGGCGCACAACGACACCGGCCAAUUUAUGGGGACGCAGGAAGGCGCUGUUAUGAACUCCAUGGUGGGCCAGGGCCUCUACAAUCCUGUGGAGAUUUACGAUUACCAGGCCUGGUGCGAGGAAGUUCGUAUCCAGGAUGCGGCCAGCACUCUGUCGGACCCGCUGAUGUACCUCUGGAAACUGUUGCUCUGGUUUCUGCUGCGUGUGACGUGGUUCACGACCCAGUUCGUCAACUUGCCAGCCACCCUGGCCAAAGUUCACGCAGACGAGGACGCGCCCGACCCGCCGCCGCCCCCGCGGCCUUAUCUCAUCCACUAUCCCUGCGAUCAGAAGAGGACGCUGUACAUGAUGAAUUACACGAUCGCCGGCGAGGGUGUCACCAAUCAUCCGGACUACUGUUCCAGACCGUUCUACGCUCGCAGGGUGCCGCACACGAACCUGCUGUUGGUCGUCGUGGACGCCAUGUACUCGACCUGCUACAAGAGACUAGAGGUGACGCCCGUGAUCAUUUCGCCUUUGGAGUACAGGAACGGCAGCGAGAUCGCGCCCUGCCACAAAAUCCCGUUGAACGAUCUUAAAAGAAGACGUCUCGAGGGCUGUUUCACCGAGCAUCCCCUGGAGCACGAGAUCGAGGACUGCGGAGGGGCGUCGGGAUUGACCGUGUCUUUGCUGUUGUUCACCACCGUUGUCGUCAGAAUCCUCUGCACAUUUGUGUGACCUGUCCUAGUUGGGUGUACCUAACGAUGCGUUCACAGCAGAGCCGCGAUGGAACAUAAAAAAGUUGUAUGAGCUGCUCGUUAGGCAAAUCGGUUAACUCGAAGUGUUUUGGACUUUUAACGAUCUUAUCGUCAAAGAACUUGAUCGACUCUCAACUUCUGACGUUUAAAAUGCAUCUCCUUAUUAUUGGCUUUAAUAUCACAUAAUUAUGAAACUUCUUUUCGCCAUGCAAAAAUUCCUAUAGUAACUAAGAUAACUCCAAUAACAAAAAUGCAAAUAAAUGCAAAUAAAGGAUUUGCAUGCAUUUUACGUGUUGGUUUGAUUAAUGCUUCGCCUGUAACAAUAAAGUAAAAUAUAUUCUACAAUGUUUAUUCGAGUUGUCAGUUAAAGGGAAAUUUUAGCAAGCAAUGCACACUGCUGCAUCGUUUUUCUCUGUUCUUUGUUCCGUAGAAUUAACCGAUUUUCCCAGUGAGUGGCUCAUUUGUUAAACGCAGCUCUACGCGUCGCUUCAACGCAAACGUUUCCAUUGCAAAACAAAAGCGUGUAUCUCUACGCUUCGCUCUCAUCGCCAGUUCGACCGAGUAUCGCAGCUCUGCUGUAAACGUGCCCUAAUGCUGCGUUUACAUCAUCCAAACAAACGCUCGUUCUUCAGUUUCGACAAAGUCGUGUUGGUUUGACGCAAACGGCAACCGAUAUUCGUCGCGAGGCCGAGCGAGCGGACGUUCGCCUAGCGUUAGAAGGAACGUGGACGAGUUUAUUCUAUCUGACUUCAGCAUUUGUUCCCGAAAUCGAGCGAGCAUUCGAAAAUGUUCGGCGAGUAAAGCAUUUGUUUAGAAAAUUAUCCGGAGAAUAGCUUAGCUGGAAACCUCGUGUUGCUCCGGGGAAUACAUUUGCGCGUGAAGCAUUUGUAAAUAUUGUACUUCUUUCAUUCCUGAAUGGCGGUUCAUUCUCGCUGAUCCGGCGUUUCGAAGUUUCCGCGUUUAAACGUUUAGAACAGUGGUUCUCAAUCUUUUUCUUGGCCAUGGCCCACCUAAGCAUCUCUAAUAGAAUUCUUAUUAUUCUAAAAGUGAACUCCUAUGCACGUGGAGGAAGCCUAUGAAGUCAUUAUCCUAGUCUGAACAAGCUUUCAAAGAACAUAGCGUCAAUCAAAGAAAAAGAAUUGGCAACACUACUGAGGGUUAACCACACGCUUGCGAUAUAUGAAUUAUUAAAUUUGCUGGUUGACUCACCAGAGCCAGUUGUAAAUUUCAAUUAUAAAUAUAAAAAAUAAUGAACGAAAAAUGUAUAAGAACGAAAGAAGAGUUGAAGUACUAAAGAGGAAAUCGCUAAGAAAUUAUUAAAAAAUUAAUAGUACAUUGUACAUUUUGAUUCUCAUUAAAAGAAUUUAACUUUUAAUUUAAAUCUAAUACUGUAGAUACUUAUAAUUUAAUUUUAGAAACGUGUGUUAGAAUAUAUAUUUAUAUACUGUAAGUAUAUGACGCCCUUAGAACCGUCAGAAAUGCAAAAAAUUCAGUCAACAACUGAUCCUCGAAUUGCCCUCCUUAAUACUAGAACUACCGAGCAGUUACAUCAACUUCUUCAAAUUCUUCUAUAAGAACUCUAAGAGUGCAUCUAUUAACAUUUCAAUUGAUUUAUCAAUCAGUUUGCGUAUUGUUAUAUCAAUUUCCUUGGUAAUUUCUCUGAAAAGUGUCUGUACAAAGAAUUACAUACUAAUUGCGAGAGAAGAGUUUAGGUCAAUUUUACCCGUAUGGUAGUUCUAGCGUUAAACAAUGAAUUGACCAAUGUUGGGAACCACGGGGUUUGAGUUAGCGGAUCCGCUAAGAUCAUGCUGAGGGCUCGUGAACCCAUCGAACGAAUAAAGAAGGCCGACCACCGCACAGAAUGUCCACAGUUUUGUGAAAUUAUUGUACGCUGUGUAAAGACAAUUUUCUAUGGAAAAAGAGAAGAAUAAAAAAGGAAACAGCUAAUUCCGUUGAUUCGAAAGGCAGAAGGUGCAACGCCCCGCGACACGCGCGUAUCCCUCCAAUCCACUUUGGUGGCUCAUCCACAGCGCGAAACGUCCGGGGAAUCUUAAGAAGUUCCAGACAGAUCUUGUUUAUGGAUCGGAACUUUUCCCGCUUUUACUGGGAGGACGCAGUGACGAGCUUCCAUUCUUUCCCGGGGCAUUGUUCUGAUAACGCCAUUCGUCCUACCGGCUAGUUCUCGCCCCUUAGAAAUUUACAAGGACCGGUAUUUCUGUGAGACAAAAAAAAACGGGAUAGCUGCGAGGAAGUUUCGAGCACCGUUUUACCAUUAAGGGAACUUUUUUUUUCAAACAUCGGAAACGUUAAUUUUAUCGUUUGACACUUGAGAAUCAAUGUAUCUUGUAUCAUAAGUGGUCAUUCGAAUAAACAUCCAAGGAUUUGUAAUACAAAAAUCGCAUGAUCAGCCACGAUAACGUUUAAGGGUUGAUAAAAUACAAAACAGUCUUGUAAUGUUCUAGAGCAAAGGGUAACCCGCCAAAUUUUGAUGAUUCAAUGGGGAUAGUUAUUCAGUAAUGCCGUUGUUUAAAUGAUUUGGACGGAUUCUUUAUUGCCGGACAAAGCCAGCCGAAAGCGAAUCGCGUCCAAGGAAAAAAGGAUAUAAAGACUGACGAAAUGUCCUUCCAUCGAUGCGAGAUACGAUUUCGCGGCGGCGUCGCUUGGUCUGUUGACGGGACGAGAAGGGGGCUUGCCCUAGAAAAUAUCCUACCAUCCCCUCUGUUCAGUCGUUCGGGAUCUCCGCCGGCGUCUGAUUAAACCGUGACAACCCCUCUUCUUCAGCCUCUACGAGAAACCGUGUUAACGUUUUGCAUUCGAACAUAUUAAUUAUUUUCAAAUGAAAUGUUAAUUGAAUCAUUCGUUCUGUUCAGUAGGAAUAAUAGGAAUCAAUGGAUCGAAUUAUUUUGCUUGAAUACUUUACGUUUAUUCCGUUAUAUAGAAUAUGAUAUCGAAUAUUGAAUUUCAUAACGCCGGCCCUCGAGUGGAAAGGUUAACGAUAUCGCCUGAUUUUACAGUAUCACCUAAUUCGGUAAGUCGAUAUCUUUGUUCCCCGAGUCACUCUAAUCCCGAAACCGAUAUUCCAGAACACCGCACCGAUAUUAAACCCGAAAGUCUCUAAAGUCUCCAAAACUCCAACUCCACGGCUUAAAGAUAACUCGGGAACAUAAGUCCUUAAGCAAACGUAGCGACAAAAAUUAUUCUCAGUGGAAACAAACAAAACACAAUUGAAACCCCAAUUAGACAACACACGAGUUAAUAUAAAGUUAAACGAACGAAAGAACGAGACUAAAUCGAAAGAUAACACGUUGAUUGCCACGGUGAUCACCGAUGACCGGAGCUUCCAAAUUUGCUGUAGAACAAUUACAAUAAAAAACUUUAGAUAAAAAUAUUUAGUAACGUAAGUAGCUAGAUCAUAGUGUAAUAUGACUACUGUAAUAAUAAACCAUUAGUAAGUAUUUUCAAUAUCAUUUGCCUUUGUUACUAAAGAAUAAGUAUUACUAUUCAAAACGCUAGAAAUUCUCGUAGCAGUCAACGUAAACGAAUAAAACGAAAUUAAAAGAAAUGAAAACACCAAACAGCAGAACUAUUUACUCAAAUUUUUUGAUUACUUCAUAUUGCAUUUCCAAAAGUUUUUUUGCGCUUUUAAGAUUUCAGCCCUAUAAACGAACACAAUAACAUUUUAAUCAUUCCUUUCACUCUCAUAAGUGACCGAGAGUCGUUAUAAAAUUGAAAAUUCGUUAUAAAAACACGUGGUACGAUUAGGGUUGAUUCGAAUUCAUUCCAGUUGCAUAAUACUUGCGCUCGUUAAAUUUUCUUUAAAAUUCUCACCACGAGUCUGGCACGUUGUAAAACAAGGGGUUAACAGUAUUUCAAAUUG